AUGGAUACGACUCGUAAACAAACGACGGCAUCUCACAGAAAGACAGCUGUUCAUGAAUCAAAAACUCAGUUUUUACAAACUUUACUACAAGCUUCGAUAACAACAAGAUCAUUGAAGUCAAAUGGAUUCAGUGAUGAUGAUCGCACUCAAUCAUAUCGUGUUUCUGAUAUUGAUCAACAAGCAGCUAAGUUACCACAAACAAGUACAAACUUAAAAAAAAAGUUUUAUACAAAGAGACAGCAAGACGAACCUGUAAUUUCUAUACAGAGUAACAGCAACAAAUUGUUGGAAAAAAAUAUCCUCACGGGAUCAACAACAAAAAAUUCAAAUCCCCUCUCCUCAUCAGCAAGACUCUCUUAUAAAAGCGAUGCCAUGUCUCAAACAGAUGGUAUCACGCAAUUGGUACAGCAAAACUUUCUUAAUCACAGAUCAUCAACUGAAUCAUCUGUCGCUCCAGUCACAACUGUUCCAUCUCCACUACCACCGCCUCCAGCACCACCACUACCUUCGUUGAAUAUUGCUAAAUUUGAAUCAGUACAAAAACCCGAAUUACAUUUACCCAAAUCAGAACUUAUUUCCAUUGUUGACGGUACAAUGUGGGGUGCUGUAAAUAAAUCACUGAGAGGACCACAGAGAGUAUUUCGCAGCGCAUCGUUUAAAAAAACAUCGACUCUCGGAAACAAAUCUAAACCAAGUUAUAAGCAAAAUACUGAGACCCUCAUUUAUUCUGGGACACCCGUUACAGCCAUACAAGAGUACCCUAGAUAUAUACGUAUUAUUAUUCAGCAAACUAUUACAGCCAUUGAUGAAACAGAGUUGGCUGGACGUGUAAUUGCACGGGCUACAUGUAAUAUAUGGAUGAACUCUAACUUCCAUUGUAUGGAGGAUUAAUUUUAAAAAUUCGUGUUCGAUUUAUUUUAGCCAGAGGGAUAUACACCAGGGUUGCCAAGUCUUCCGAUUUUGAGCUUCUUUUCCGAAUGAAUUUUGAUUUUCCGAUUUUUUCCGAUUUCUGGAACUUUUUACUUUUUUCUGAACAGCACACAGUGGGCAUUCAGGCGGAAAUUUGAGUAAAAAUCGACAAAUGAGCUUUUUUGAAUUCGAACAGUAGUAAAUGUAGUCCUUGACCAGCGCUAGCAAAUGGUAUAUAAUGAUCGACUAGUGAUGAACUCCUUCGAUGAGUAAGUUAACUUAUGAACAUUCACAAAAAACACCGUCAAAUAUGACACAUCUGCAAAGAUUCUGACUUCUAUGUACAGACGUGCAAUAUUACGCUAUCCAAAGCACAUAUUCGGAAUCAGCACAACCUGUUGCAUCUUCUGAUAAUAGAAGGUACUCCUUUUGCAUCUUGUACGAAACGAAAAAAGGUCUAGUAGUCUAGAUUACUACGGUCCGACAUGAGACAAUCUCAGUGCAGUGACAGC